AAUUUCAAUGUCAAAUUCUGAGUUCUGCGGUUCGCCGUGAAAUAGUCAUUUACAAAAAAUAAUUAUUAGUAGUGGGGGAAUAAAACUGAUAAGUAAGGUAAGAGACCCAAUACCUGAUCGCUCCGUCUUUUUGUAUAUCUAUAUCUACCAAAUUUGACUAAAUAUAGAUAUACAAAUACACGGAGUGAUCAGGUACUAGUCCCCUGAUCAGGUAUUGGGUUUCUAACCUUACUUAAUAGAGAAUUUUCGUAAUUUAUUUAUCAGAAAAAUUAUAAAAUGGUUGAGCAAAAUAAUAAAUUACGGAUUUUAGCAAUCCAUGGCUAUCGGCAAUCGGGCUCUAUUUUUAAAAGCAAAUUAGGGUCACUCAGAAAAAGUUUUAAACAAAAAAUAGAUUUUGUAUUUGCUGAAGCACCACAUCAAGUUCCCCCACUUCAAACUGAUAGUAAUGAAGAAGAGACCACUGGAGAUACAAGAGGUUGGUGGUUUAAUACAGCAGAUCAUACAUUUAUAGCAACUGAACCAAGUAAUUUGUCUGUUGGUUUUAACGAUAGUGUUAAAGUUAUUGAGAAUAUAUUCAAAGAUCAAGGUCCAUUUGAUGGAAUACUUGGAUUUUCACAGGGCGCAUCAUUUGUAUCUAUUUUGUGUUCCAUGCAACAAAAAAAACUUGCGGAUCCAUUAAUAAAAUUUGAUUUUGCAAUUAUGAUAUCAGGAUUUAAAUCUUUGUGCGAACCGCAUGCUGUAUUUUAUGAUGAAAAAUUUAAUUUGCCAACGUUACAUGUUUAUGGUGAAACAGAUAGGAUCAUACCUACAGAAAUGGCUAAAUCUUUAUCAGAUUUAUUCACAAAUAAAAAAGUUGUCAUCCAUGAAGGAGGUCAUUUUGUAGCAGGAAAAAAACAUAUAUAUAAUGAUUUUUUUAAUGAAAUGUAUGUAACAAAAAAUAAUUCGAAAGUAUAAUAAAUAUAGUUUACA